AUGCCCUCGUUUGUCUGCAUCCAUUUGAAUCAUUUCCUCGCUAAGUGCGUUUGCUGCUGUUGCUACUGGUGGUGCUGGUGUGCUGAAUCAUCCUGUUUGUUUGUUCAGCUUGCCAAGGCAAUCCCAUACAACCUUCAGUUCAGCACCAGCUACAACGUGCAGAUGUCCCUGCACAAGCACACUGGCAACAGGGAGACCGAGAGGCUCGAGAAGAUGCUCGCAUGGAUGCCCGGAUCCCACGAGCACGAUAGCCCUGCUGCGGAGAUCGACGAGAAAUCUUUCUAUGGAGGAAAGAUGUAA